AUGGGCACUGUGGGAACCAUUGCCAGAGGGCCUAGGGUGACCCUGAAGACUUCCACUAGGGCUCCCUUGCUGCUCAUGGGGCUGCUGACCACAGGCCUGGCCCAGUUGCCAAUUCCUGCCUCAACCCCCCGAGGCUUCUGGGCCCUGCCUGAAAAUCUGACAGUAGUGGAGGGGUCCUCAGUCAAGCUGCAGUGCGGGGUCAAUGCCCCUGGCAGUGUGGUACAAUGGGCCAAAGAUGGGCUACUCCUGGGCCCUGAUCCCAGGAUCCCAGGCUUCCCAAGGUACCAGUUGGCAGGAGACCCUGCUAGAGGUGAAUUCCACCUCCACAUCGAAGCAUGUGACUUAAGUGAUGAUGCAGAGUAUGAGUGCCAGGUCGGCCGCUCCGAGAUGGGCCCUGAACUCGUGUCUCCCAGAGUGACUCUCUCCAUCCUGGUUCCUCCCAAGGUACUUCAGCUGACCCCAGAAGCAGGGAGCACAGUCACCUGGGUAGCUGGGCAAGAGUAUGAGGUCUCCUGUGUAUCUGGAGAUGCAAAGCCAGCACCUGACAUCACUUUUCUCCAGAGUGGACAAACCAUAUCUGGCAUCUCUGCUAAUGUGAAUGAAGGGUCCCAGGAGAAACUCUUCACCACAGAAGCCACAGCCAGGGUGAUACCCCAGAGCUCAGAUAAUGGGCAGUUGCUGGUCUGUGAGGGGUCCAGCCCAGCUUUGGACACCCCCAUCAAGGCCUCAAUCACCAUGAAUGUUCUGUUCCCCCCAGGAGCCCCUGCCAUCGAGUGGCCAGGCCUGGAUGAGGGGCAUGUUCGGGCUGGGCAGAGCUUGGAGCUGCCGUGUGUGGCCCGAGGGGGAAAUCCCUUAGCCACGUUGCAGUGGUUGAAGAAUGGCCAGCCCAUGUCCACAGCAUGGGGUACAGAGCAUACCCAGGCAGUGGCCCGCAGUGUACUGGUGAUGAUUGUGAAGCCAGAAGACCAUGGAGUGCGCCUCAGCUGUGAGGCACACAACAGCGUGUCUACAGGGAUCCAGGAACACAGCAUCACGCUGCAGGUCUCCUUUCCCCCCAGUGCCAUUACUAUCCUGGGAUCUACAUCCCAGUCUGAGAACAAGAAUAUGACGCUCUCUUGUGUCACCAAGUCCAGUCGCCCACGAGUCUUGCUGCGAUGGUGGCUGGGCUGGCGGCAGCUUCUGCCUACGGAGGAGAUAGUCAUGGAUGGCCUGCAUGGCGGCCACAUCACCAUGUCCAAUCUGACGUUCCUGGUGCGGCGGGAGGACAAUGGUCUGACACUCACAUGUGAGGCCUUCAGCGAGGCCUUCACCAAGGAGACCUUCAAGAAGUCACUUACCCUGAAUGUGAAAUAUCCCGCCCAGAAGCUAUGGAUUGAGGGACCCCCAGAGGGGCAUAGUCACCGGGCUGGGACCCGGGUGAGGCUGAUGUGUUUGGCUAUCGGGGGCAACCCAGAGCCCUCCCUCACCUGGUACAAGGAUUCGCGCACUGUGAGCGAGUCGCGGCUGCCCCAGGAGCCGCGGCGGGUGCAGCUAGGAAGUGUGGAGAAGUCUGGGAGCACCUUCUCGCGUGAGCUGGUGCUGGUCACAGGUCCGUCGGACAACCAGGCCAAGUUCACGUGCAAGGCGGGCCAGCUCAGCGCGUCCACGAAGCUCAUCGUGCAGUUUCCGCCAACUAACUUGACAAUCCUGGCCAACGCGUCGGCGCUGCGCCCGGGGGACGCUUUAAACUUGACGUGCGUCAGCAUUAGCAGCAACCCGCCAGUCAACUUGUCCUGGGACAAGGAAGGGGAGAGGCUGGAAGGUGUGACAGCCCCUCCCCGAAGUGCCCCGUUCAAAGGCUCCGCCGCGGCCAGGAGCGUCCUAAUGCGAGUAUCAUCCCGCGACCAUGGCCACCGCAUGACCUGCCGCGCCCACAGCGCUGAGCUCCGCGAAACCGUGAGCUCCUCCUACCGCCUCAACGUGCUGUACCCUCCAGAGUUCCUCGGGGAGCAGGUGCUCGUGGUGACAGCGGUAGAGCAAGGCGAGGCACUGCUGCCGGUGUCAGUGUCCGCUAACCCCGCCCCCGAGGCCUUCAACUGGACAUUCCGCGGCUAUCGCCUCAGUCCAGCUGGCGGCCCCCGGCAUCGCAUCCUGUCUGGCGGGGCUCUGCAGCUGUGGAAUGUGACCCGUGCCGACGAUGGCUUCUAUCAACUUCACUGCCAGAACUCGGAGGGCACAGCUGAAGCGCUAGUGCGUCUGGACGUGCACUAUGCUCCCACCAUCCGCGCCCUCCCGGACCCCACUGAGGUGAAUGUUGGGGGUUCUGUGGACAUAAUCUGCACCGUUGAUGCCAAUCCCAUCCUCCCAGGGAUGUUCAACUGGGAGAGGCUGGGGGAAGAGGAGGAGGACCAGAGUCUGGAUGACAUGGAGAAGAUAUCAAAGGGGGCCACAGGGCGUCUACGGAUUCAACAUGCCAAACUGGCCCAGGCUGGAGCUUACCAGUGCAUCGUGGACAAUGGGGUGGCACCUCCAGCCCGAGGGCUCGUCCGUCUUGUUGUCAGAUUUGCCCCCCAGGUGGACCAUCCCACUCCUCUAACUAAAGUAGCUGCAGCAGGAGACAGCACCAGUUCUGCCACACUUCAUUGCCGUGCCCGAGGCGUCCCCAACAUUGUCUUCACCUGGACCAAAAAUGGGGUCCCUCUGGAUCUCCAGGAUCCCAGGUACACAGAACACACAUACCACCAGGGUGGAGUCCACAGCAGUCUCCUGACCAUCGCCAAUGUGUCUGCAGCCCAGGAUUAUGCCCUCUUCACGUGCACAGCCACCAACCCCCUCGGCUCAGACCACACCAACAUUCAACUCGUCAGCAUCAGCCGCCCUGACCCUCCGUUGGGAUUAAAGAUUGUGAGCAUGACCCCACACUCGGUGGGGCUGGAGUGGAAACCUGGCUUUGAUGGGGGCUUGCCACAGAGUUUCCGAAUCAGAUAUGAGGCCCUGGAGACUCCAGGGUUCCACUACGUGGAUGUCCUACCACCUCAGGCCACCACCUUCACACUGACUGGGCUACAGCCUUCUACCCGAUACAGGGUCUGGCUGCUGGCCAGCAAUGCCCUGGGAGACAGUGGCCUGGCUGACAAGGGGGCCCAGCUCCCCAUCACUACCCCAGGCCUGGACCCGACGUCUGGAGAAUCUGAUGUCCAGUUGCCCACAGAGGAGCCCGCAGGACCCUCAGGGCUGCCCCUGCUGCCCGUGCUGUUUGCUGUCGGGGGUCUUCUGCUGCUUUCCAAUGCCUCCUGUGUUGGGGGAUUCCUCUGGCAGCAGAGAAUGAAGCAUCUUGCCAAGGGUCUCUCAGACAAGACAGACACAGGGUCGGAGGAGGACCGAGCCAGGAACGAAUAUGAGGAGAGCCAGUGGACUGGAGAUCGGGACACGCAAAGCUCCACAGUUAGCACAACAGAAGUGGAGCCAUAUUACCACUCCAUGAGAGACUUCAUCCCCCAGCUGCCCCCCAUGCUCGAGGAGGUGUCUUAUUCCCAGGGCUUCACAGGUCUUGAAGAUCAGGAUAUGGCCUUUCCUGGGCACCUGUAUGAUGAGGUGGAAAGAAUGUACAUCCCACCAGGGACCUGGGGACCCCUCUAUGAUGAAGUGCAUACGGGCUCCAGUGACCUCCGCUGGCCUGAGGAGAAGUAUGAGGAUCCAAGAGGAAUCUAUGAUCAGGUGGCAGGAGACGUGGACACUGUGGAACCUGAUUCUCUACCCUUUGAGCUCAGGGGACAUCUGGUGUGA